GAUAGAUAGUUGAGCUGUUAUAAAACAGCAGAACAUAGGGGUGUGCAUUAGCAGAGUUGGAUAAAGUGGAGAGGACAGAGAACAUACCAACAGAAUAUUCUAGAACAACCGAGCACACACCAGGAUCCCACAAUUCUGUGUUUCAAUCAAAUCCACUUUACAAACUGCAUCGGUUCAGAACGGAUCAUGAUUCUCUUUGCAGCAAUCUUCAUACUAGUGACUGAUGUGGUUCUCAUUCAGGGCCAAGUGAGGAACUUUUGUCCAGCUCCGAAUGGCUUCUUCGAAGAUUUUAACGACCCGACAUGCCGCCGAUUUCUGCAAUGUCAAAACGCAGUAGCGACUGUGAGGCGGUGCAGACAGAACAACAAUAUCUUCAAUCCGGUGUUACAUCGUUGUUCACCUGGUAAUCAACAGACAUGCAAUUUAUUUAGAGGCAUCAACAACAACAACAACAAUGCGAAUGGAAACUUCGGUCCCUGGAAUCCUGCAAAUGGUGCCAAUGGAGUAAUUGGUGGCGCUGGUGCUGGUGGUGUUGGAGUGAAUCCUGCAAAUCCAUGGAACAACAACAACGGCUUUGCAGGAAGACAAUGGGGCAGAAAUCCUCAAUGGAACAAUAACGGUCAACAGGCACCAUGGGGUGGUGUCAACAACGGUGCAGUACCACGUGGUAACUGGCCUGGAAGCACUGGACCAUGGAAUAAUAAUAAUAACAACAAUGGUUUUGUGGGGAGACCAGAUUUUGGUAUUUUUACACCUGGGGCUUUCAACUUCGUCCGUCGACAGCAAAAUGGGGGACAACAACCAGAACAAGUCGAUGUCAACGGGAAUCGAAAUCGAACCGCUGGCGUGAGGCUGAAUGAUGGCAGAGAGCAAACUGGUACAGAUUCUGCACCAGCAGACCCCAAUGCGGGGAACCCUGCAACAGGGGUUGGAACCGCGGCGCUUUUGGUAAUAGAUGGCCUUGAAGAAGAAUUUAGAGAAGUGAUGCGACGGUACCCACACGUACACACACACACACACACACAUACAUAUAUAUAGGGAGAGGGGGGAAAUGGGUACUACUUAGGAAGAGUGGUCCCGGUGUGCGCACUCACGCAUCUGCGCUAGCUAGUCCUGACUAGUCGAUCCUACAACGACUACCGAGCAAAGUAAAUAAAACACAAAAUAAAUAAUUUUUUUACACAAAGUAAAUAAUUUUUUUAAAAACCAAGUAAAUAAAACACAAAAACACAAAGUAAGGAUCGACUAGUCGUGACUAGCUAGCGCGGAUGCGCGGGUACGUGAGUGCGUGCACCGGGUACAUUCUUCUUAAGUAGUAGCUGAGGAGGAGAAAGAAACGUAUUAAAAAGAUGGAAAAGAAAAAUAUAAUAACAGAUAGAUAAGUAAACAUACAUACAUACAUACAUACAUACAUACAUACACACGCAUGCAUACAUACAUAAAUAUAAACAUAC